AUGGACAGUCGGCUGAGAAAUUCGCCUUUUUAUACCUGCGCGUCCCCGACCUAUGACCACGCCCUCCUUAGCGUCAGAUGGUGCCCUGUUUGUUGGGAAAGCCAGCCCCCCCCCUUCCCCUUUUGGGGCCCUUCCUUUGGGGAAGCUGCCCCUGUCCCUAUUGUGAAUCCCGCCCCUUCCGCUGCCGUCGUGGCCCCAGUUAGCCCGGUGGUCAAGAGUGCAGCCAUUGUGGCUCCUGCUGCGCCUGUGGCAGUUGCCCCUGUAGUUAAGAGCACUGUUCCUCUGACUGUAGUGGCGCCACCUGAGCCCCUCAUGGCCCCUGCACCCCCCAUGCCGUCCCUGAGCGUCCCUCACGUGGGAGGCCAAUUCCACUCUCAAGACGAGGCUGGCCAGUACACCUUCGGCCACUACGGCGGCCCCAACACCCGUGUGGAGAGCAGGGACUAUCUGGGCCGAACCUCCGGCAGCUUUGCCUACGUGGACCCCGAGGGAGACGUCCAGGUGAGGAAGUACGCCGCCGCCCCCGGUUCUGGCUUCAGGGUGGCCGCCUCUGACCUGGUCGAGGACACGCCCGCCGUGGCUCAGGUCAAGUCCUCCCUCGCCCGUGCUCACCAAGCUGCUAGGUUGUUGACAGCAAGUUCUGUCGUCACGCAGAUGUGAACUGAUACAAGCUCACGUUUCGAGUAGGCCUACUCUACCAGUAUAUAUGUCCUGUAUAUAUCUCAGACUCCCAUUUUUUUAUAUAUCAAUAAAAGUACCAAGAAUAAAUUUUGAA